CGUAGUGGCUUCGUGCGCAGCGCUCACUUCCGGUCUCGUCCCCUCCGCAAGUUGCCGUGUGCCGCCAGAGCGGGAGCGCGGGCGCCCUGAGGAGCCGGGGCCGAGGAGCCUCCGCCGUCUCCGCCGUCUCCGCCAUGGUGUUUUACUUCACCUCCAACGUUGUUCCUUCUGUUUACACCAUUUACAUGGGAAAAGACAAGUACGAAAAUGAAGACUUGAUAAAGUAUGGCUGGCCGGAAGACAUCUGGUUUCAUGUGGACAAACUCUCUUCAGCUCAUGUGUACCUUCGCUUGCACAAGGGGCAGACGGUGGAUGACAUCCCAAAAGAAGUACUGAUCGACUGUGCCCACCUGGUGAAGGCGAACAGCAUUCAAGGUUGCAAGAUGAACAAUGUCAACGUGGUGUACACACCAUGGACUAACCUGAAGAAGACAGCAGACAUGGAUGUGGGGCAGAUUGGCUUUCACCGGCAGAAGGAUGUGAAAAUGCUGACAGUAGAGAAGAAGGUGAAUGAAAUCCUGAACCGGCUAGAGAAGACAAAAGUGGAACGCUUCCCAGACCUGGCUGCAGAAAAGGAAGCUCGGGAUAGAGAGGAGAGGAAUGAGAAAAAAGCCCAAAUCCAAGAGAUGAAGCGGAAGGAAAAGGAAGAGAUGAAGAAGAAAAAAGAGCUGGAAGAACUUAGGAGCUACUCAUCGUUAAUGAAGGCUGAGAACAUGUCCUCCAAUCAGGAUGGCAACGAUUCUGAUGACUUUAUGUAAAUAAAGUCUCUCCUUUCUCAAUCACGACGUGGUUUGGGAUGUCUUAAUAUGUCACCAUCGCUAUGAAUGCCAAAAAAUACCCCAAGAAAUUGAAUUCUGCCUCCAUUUCUUCAGAUCCUGGUGGGUUGUCCCAGCAGCCUGAUCCACGCUGAGCCAUGGACACCUUUCCAAAGGGAGAAGAUCUGUAUGUCUACACAUACAUCUCAUUUUCAGGGACGUGGGUGAAAGGAAGCAGAAUUGACUCAGUUCUACAGAGACAGUGAUAUUUAUUCGAGAGAAGGGCUUGGUGGAGCUUUGAAUCCAGUGGGAUUUAAAGGAAAGAAAACCCAUCUGUGCCAUCUCAGAGAGAUUCCAGCAUUCCCAUUUGCUUGGAAUGUACAUCAGUGCAAUACUGUCAAUUGCAGAACUCAACUCUUUGCCCUGGUGAUGGGGGAUCCCCAUGGGGUCGGGUUCAAACAGGCUCAUGGCUUCUUUGCUGCCUUCCCCAGCCCUCGCUGGCAUUAAAGCCUCAUUAAACAUGGAGCUAACAUGGAUAAUGAAGACGGAGCUUGCUGAUGUUGCAGCCUAGGUAAGCACAUAGAAUUGCAUCGUUGGAAAAGAGCUUUGAGAUCAUCAUAACAUCAUAGAAUGGUUUGGAUUGGAAGGGACCUCAAAGCCCAUCCAGUUCCACACCCCUGCCAUGAGCAGGGACACCUCUCACUGGAUCAGGUUGCUCAUCAAGUCCAACUGUCCCUGUCCACUACUGAACUACAUCCCUGAGCACCUCAACUACCUGUCUUUUGAACCCCUCCAGGGACUGGAACUCCACCACCUACCUGGGCAGCCUCUGCCAGUGCCUGAGAACCCUUUUGGUGAAGGAGUUGUUAAUAAUAUCCAAUCUAAACCUCCCCUGACGCAACUUGAGGCCAUUUCUUCUCAUCCUUUCUUACCUGGGAAAAGAGAUGAACACCCACCUGCCUCCAGCCUCUUUUCCAGGAGCUGCAGAGAGUGAUGAGGUCUCCCCUCAGCCUCCUCUCCUCCAGGGUAAACAGCCCCAGAGCCCUCAGAUGCUCCCAGAACCCCUGGGCUCCAGACCCUUCCCCAGCUCCGUUCCCCUUCUCUGGAUGCACUCAUCUCUCACGAUCUUUCUUGUAGUGAGAGGCUGCAAUCUGUGCUGUUCAGAUCACCACAUGAUUUGUUUUGUUUUUGAUUCCCACUUGAUUCCUGGGCAUUUCGUUGUGGAGAACAUUCAUUUUGGGAAGAAGAGUUGAGUUUUGAGCAGUGUCUGUGCUUGUCCAAGAUGGAGAUCUUCCCUGUGCUCCGUAACAAGUGGUAUAAUUCCUUGCAGAGCCUGUAUGUAUGUCAUGAUUAAAUUCAUACCGUGCUGGUAAAAUGCA